CAUGCUGCAAACAUGAUAGCAUUCUUGCUUGUAUUUAGCGCGCUUUUGGUAUGUCUCGUUUAUUUAAACGGAAAAUACAAUGAAUUCUAUUGGCAGAGAAGAAAAGUAGCGUUCUAUAAGAAGAACAAAGUGACUGGUGUGUUCUGGGAGUUUUUGUUUCAAAACAAAGCAGUAUUUCAGAAUUUAUGUGAAGUGUACAAGGAAUAUCGCAAUGAACCAGCUGUUGGCAUUGGGACGUUUGUCACCCCAACCUUGUAUGUGAUAGACCCCACUAACGUGCAACAUGUGCUGGCGGCCGAUUUCAAUUCUUUCAACCACAGAGGAGUGGAUAUUAACGAAGAUGAUCUACUCGCUGAUAAUAUUCUUUUCAUGAACGGUAAUCGAUGGAAGCUGAUGCGGCAAUGUAUGACACCGCUGUUCACGUCUGCAAAACUUAAAUCUAUGUAUUAUAUCAUCGAUAAAAGUGCUUUAGACUUCGUUCAACAUUUGAAUGAAAAUAAACAACUGUUGAAAGGUGACGCUUUCAGUACAUUAACGUCAUUUUGCUCUGCGGCUAUCGGGGGAGCCGUGUUUGGAGUAAGCACAGGAUCCAUUUUCGAUUCACCAUUCCUUAAUAUGGCGCGAGAUGCGUUUAAGGCAACUUUCAGAUUUAACAUAAGGUUUGCAAUAGGAAGUUUGAGCAGUGGUCUGUCUACUUUUCUAAGAUUAAAAUUGUUCAAAGAGCAUGAGGCUUUCUUUAUCGGUGCAAUUAAACAAAUUUUGCGUGCACGUGAACAGGAAAAUAUAAAGAGACACGACUUCGCCGAUUUAUGUGUAUCAUUGCAAAGUAUAGGGAAAUUGGUGGACAAGGAGACUGGCUUAGAAAUGAUACCAACUGAUGAGCUUUUAGCGGCGCAAGCUUUCUUUUACUUCGUCGCCGGCGUGGAACCGACCGCUACCGCUUUAUUUGGUACGUUAUACGAAUUAGGGAAACAUCCGGAACAUCUGGAAAAGGUGCAUAAUGAAAUCGACGAAGCAUUCAAGAAAAAUGAUAAUAAAAUGAGCUAUGACACUAUUAUGGAUAUGAAACACGUUGAUAUGGUAAUGAGUGAAGCUAUGCGAUUACAUCCACCCAUCGGCUUUUUGACUAGAAGGUGUGUAAAGGACAGUGUUCUUCCUGUAGGCAAUAUUAAAGUUGACAAAGGUACAAAGAUACUUACACCAAUAUAUGAAAUACACCACGACCCAAGAUAUUACCCAGAACCAGAAAAAUUUUUACCGGAGAGGUUUUCUCCUGAAAAUAAACAUAAAAUCGCUGAUAUCACUUACAUGCCUUUCGGAAAAGGCAAUAGAAUUUGUGUGGGUCUCAGGUACGCCUCACUUCAAGUGAAGGCUGGAUUGGUGCAUUUAUUGCGCAACUUUACCGUAAGAAGUAUCAUCAAUGAUGGUGGACAGAAGUACAGUCGUCAUCCAGUGCAAGUGAGACUUGAUAAUGUUGAUGUUGAAUUUAUACCGAGAAAUAUUGCGAAAUAAAAGUCAAUAAAUAAAUUGCUCACAUAUUCAUUAAUACUCGAUUAAUCAAGUGAUAAUGUUACCAAAUAAAAUAAUAGAAAAACCAGCACAUAUUGUAAAAAUGUCGGUCUGUGUUUGUUCUUGGUCUUUUCACUAAGAAGUGAUCUAUACCAGACAACCUGUAAUAUUAGGAAUGCUGUAUACAAAAUCUAGCAAAUUAAAUAUGCCAGAGAAUAUAGAUAUUUAUCAAAUUUAAUUAACACCUCAUAUCUACUACGCAUUAGCGAAAUCACACACAAACAUUUCAUGACAUAAACUCUAAAAAUAGCCCUUGCUACCU